UUGGAGGAACAUCUGUCCAGAAAGUUUUCAACAAGGGUUGUAGCAGGGGUCCAGGGGCAGAGUGUGGAGUGGGUUGUCCAAACACUGAUACUGCCACCUGUGAAGCCAAAUUGUCUAAAUCAGUAACAACCCGUAUUUUUCCGGACACGGUUUGGGUUCGGAAACCUGUGAUCACCGCACGAAACAAAAUCUGGUUCCCACACAGAGGCUGUAAGAAUCUUGUUCUUCCGCGUCGUGUACAUGACUGUCAGGAACCAGCAAAUAAAUAUAUAAACGCAACUGUAAACUCGUUAUCAAAGGAAUCAAUCAAGAUUGGAACAUCCGUGGACACAGGUAUGGAAGAGUUUUCAAAUAAAUUACCAGGUUCCGAUGUAGAUAUAAACAUGAAUAUCGAGAGGGUUAAAAGCAAAAAGUUUAACACAGAAAAUGGUAAAUUGAUAAAAGAAGAGAAAAUACAAAGGUCUCAAGGUUGUAUUUAUAAUUAUAUAAAAGAUGCAGAAGAUGAACUGGAGAGUAAUGAAGUCAAUAAAGACGCUGCUGUCAAUAACGAAACGGAGGAUGGUAAUACUCUUGCAGUAAAUAACGAAACGGAAAAUACACGUUUAAACAAACAAGACACGGAUGAUAUAUCUAACAAAGAAAAAAGAAAUGAACUAUCAUUUAACAUAUGCACUGGUGACAAAGAAUAUAGUAUUGAAAAGUUGGCCAAUAAUUUAACACAUCAUGCAUUUUCGAAAUACAACAAAAACAAUAAUUCCCUGUGUGACAAUAACGCUCGUAAUUUGCUAGCAAGCGUUGCCCCGACGUACAUCAUGGAAAUGCCCAGAAUUCAACGAAGAUUUAAAACCAUUCGAUAUAUUCCGGUCACAGAUACAGAACACUUAUAUCAUGAACAUCCAGAAAAAAAUGUAAUCGUUCCUAGUUCAAGCAGUUAUGCUUAUAUAAGAAAGAAAAGAAAUCCACCUAGAAAAUCAGGCUGGUUGACUUACUUGGUAUCUUGGUCGUGUAAACUUGGCGCUGUAGGGAUGUUGGUCAUAUUUGGUUUUUGUUUGUUCGAGAAGUACAAAGAUAAACGAUUAUACACGUAAUAUUGAGGUUAAAAAAUAAAUAUUUGAAUAUCA